CACUAACUCCUCCUGUGUGUUCUGUACAGGUGCUAAGGGGAUAUGGCACGGACCAAAAUAUAGUCAUGAAAAUGUUCGACCCGAAUGAAGAAGAGAUAGCUGAGCGGAUAGGUAAUUCCGGGGAAGAAGAGCGAGACCUUGGAGAAAGAGAUAAUCUUUCUCUGGGUACCUACAGGAUUUGUUUCUACAACUUGGAUAAUCUGUUCAGCCGGCUGGUAGACCUGAACGUGCGUGUGAACAGUGUGGACUGGUUUGAGUACAAAGAACACCUCCCGGAGGACACGUUAGAGGACCUGGACAAGAGUCGCAUCGUCGAGUCCCUGGACAGGCUGCUCGGUUCCCUCGACCACGUAAAACUACAAGCGACCAGGAGCAGACUAAGUCUGACUGUAGACUCUCUGAGAGCGGAGGCGAGCGUCAGCUAUGUGGACCACAUGGCACUGCUGAGCUGCCUGCUCAUCAUAGGGUCAGGGCUCAUGCAGGUCUACUUCGUUAGAAAGCUGUUUGAAACACCGAAUGUUCGGGGCACAACCAACAAGGCGUGAUAUGGGGUUCCGUAUAAUGAAGGUCGACAUGUUAAAAGAAAGAGUCUGUCUGUCUGUCAAUUUUGUACCUCAAACAUGGUUAGAAGAUGAAAUGCACGUCAUUGUUUGUUGUACCAUGUAGGUUAAUUGUAGAAAUAUACUAUAUUUAGUUGCUACGGUGGAAACUGGAUUCCCUAACUUUAGACAUAUGAGUAGCACUGACAAAUUCAUAUUCUUCAUACGUUUUGACAAACUGACUAUUGCUAAAUCCAUACAGGCUUACAUUUUCAUCAUUGCCAAGAAGCGAGAAGAAGCCGAACUGCUGUGUUAGACUAGAUGUGUGAUACAUUUAUACGUUACAUGUUUUGUCUUUGUUGUGAUCUGUACUUAGCUCGGUUGGACAAAAAUGUACAAUAAAAGUCUUCAUACAUUCGUACAUUGUAAUAGCAAUGAAUGCGAUGUUUGCCUGAGCUAAAAAGUGGACAUUAUUCUCGUCCUCUUGUAUUCAUUGGGGUAGGUUGGUUUUGGAAGAAAAAGACAACACGAUAUUAUUGAUUAUUUUUAUUUCGUUUAUUUCUUUGUUUUAUCUGUUUUCGUUUAUUCACUUGUUUGCAGUAAGGUUUUAUUACGAUCACAGCAUUUAAAAUCGAUUCUAGAAGUAGGACAUGGCAAGUGAUUUACCAAAAAUCUACAUGUAUUUGCGUCUUUUAUCGGUCAUGCGAGACCAUGUGUGUACAUGCGUCUGUGUGUUUUCUCUUCCAUUAAACUCUAUUUGUAUGGAACAUGCACU